AUGCGGGGGGCUCUGACGCCCCUGUCUUCGCUGCUGCUGCUGCUGCUGGGGUGCGGGCCGAGGGCGGCCACCGGAGGCGGGGCCGGCGGGGCCGCGGGCUACGCGCCGGUGAAGUACGUGCAGCCGAUGCACAAAGGACCCGUGGGGCCGCCCUUCCGCGAGGGCAAGGGCCAAUACCUGGAAAUGCCUCUUCCGUUGCUGCCGAUGGACCUGAAAGGCGAGCCUGGUCCGCCUGGGAAACCCGGGCCUCGGGGGCCCCCUGGCCCUCCUGGCUUCCCAGGAAAACCGGGCACUGGAAAGCCAGGGCUCCAUGGGCAGCCUGGCCCUGCCGGCCCCCCUGGCUUCUCCCGGAUGGGCAAGGCUGGUCCCCCAGGGCUCCCGGGCAAGGCUGGACCACCAGGACAGCCAGGGCUUCGGGGUGAGCCAGGGAUACGAGGGGACCAGGGCCUUCGGGGGCCCCCAGGACCUCCUGGCCUCCCUGGGCCCUCAGGCAUUGCUGUCCCUGGAAAGCCAGGCCCCCAAGGGGUGCCAGGGCCCCCAGGAUUCGGAGGGGAGCCAGGGCCCCAGGGGGAGCCGGGGCCCCCAGGGGAUCGAGGCCUCAAGGGGGAUAAUGGAGUGGGCCAGCCAGGGCUACCUGGGGCCCCAGGGCAGGGGGGUGCCCCUGGACCCCCUGGCCUCCCUGGUCCAGCUGGCUUGGGCAAACCAGGUUUGGAUGGGCUUCCUGGGGCCCCUGGAGAUAAGGGUGAGUCAGGGCCUCCCGGAGUACCAGGGCCUAGGGGGGAGCCAGGGGCUCUGGGCCCAAAAGGGCCCCCUGGGGUGGAUGGUGUGGGGAUGCCAGGGGCAGUAGGGGUGCCAGGGCCACAGGGCCCAGCAGGGGCCAAAGGGGAACCAGGAACCCGGGGCCCCCCUGGCCUGAUAGGCCCCACUGGCUAUGGGGUACCGGGACUGCCAGGCCCCAAAGGGGACAGGGGCCCAGCUGGGGUCCCAGGACUCUUGGGGGACAGGGGUGAGCCAGGUGAGGACGGGGAGCCAGGGGAGCAGGGCCCACAGGGCCUUGGGGGGCCCCCAGGACUUCCAGGGUCUGCAGGACUCCCUGGCAGACGUGGGCCCCCUGGACCCAAGGGGGAGACAGGGCCUGGAGGACCCCCAGGAAUGCCUGGUAUUCGGGGUGACCAGGGGCCUAAUGGCCUGGCUGGGAAACCUGGGCCUCCAGGAGAGAGGGGGCUCCCUGGGGCCCAUGGACCCCCUGGACCAACUGGGCCCAAAGGUGAGCCGGGUUUCACGGGCCGCCCUGGGGGACCAGGGGUGGCAGGAGCCCUGGGGCAGAAGGGCGACUUGGGGCUCCCUGGGCAGCCAGGCCUAAGGGGCCCCUCAGGAAUCCCAGGGCUCCAGGGCCCAGCUGGUCCUCUCGGGCCCCAGGGACUGCCAGGCCUGAAGGGUGAACCCGGCUUGCCAGGGCCGCCUGGAGAGGGGAAAGUGGGGGAACCCGGAGUGGCUGGGCCCACAGGGCCCCCUGGGGUCCCCGGUUCCCCAGGACUCACUGGCCCUCCUGGGCCUCCGGGGCCUCCCGGUCCCCCUGGUGCCCCUGGGGCCUUUGAUGAGUCUGGCAUCGCCGGCCUGCACCUGCCCAAUGGUGGCGUGGAGGGCGCUGUGCUGGGCAAGGGGGGCAAGCCGCAGUUCGGACUGGGAGAGCUGUCGGCCCACGCCACACCCGCCUUCACCGCCGUGCUCACCUCACCCUUUCCUGCCUCGGGUAUGCCUGUCAAAUUUGACCGGACUCUCUACAAUGGCCACAGUGGCUACAACCCGGCCACCGGCAUCUUCACCUGCCCUGUGGGCGGGGUCUACUACUUCGCUUACCACGUGCACGUCAAGGGCACCAAUGUGUGGGUGGCCCUGUACAAGAACAACGUGCCAGCCACGUACACCUAUGAUGAAUACAAGAAGGGCUACCUGGACCAGGCAUCCGGUGGGGCCGUGCUCCAGCUGCGGCCCAACGACCAGGUCUGGGUGCAGAUGCCGUCGGACCAGGCCAACGGCCUCUACUCCACCGAGUAUAUCCACUCCUCCUUUUCAGGGUUCUUGCUCUGCCCCACAUAA